ACCCAAAACAGUUUCUGGAGCUUCUCUGGGAGCAGAAUGCCUGGUAAACUGCAGAUCGUGGAAGGCGUCUCCAUUGCCGAGGUUAUUGCAUCAAACUGGCAGCAAAUUCAGACUUUCCAAGCAAGACCUGGAGAUGUGUUGAUAGCCACCUACCCCAAAUCAGGUACCACCUGGAUCCAAGAGAUAGUGGACCUUAUAUUAAACGAGGGCAAUGAAGAGAUUUGCAGGAGAUCUCCUACUCAUGAGAGGAUGCCCUUUGUGGAGCUGCUGAAUCUGAUGAAACCAGGACCAGAAGAGGUCAACGCGAUGCCAUCACCAAGGGUGCUGAAGACCCAUCUUCCUGUGCAACUUGUACCCCCAUUUUUCUGGAGAUACAAAUGCAAGGUGAUUUACGUAGCCAGGAACCCCAGGGACACCGUGACAUCCUAUUAUUAUUUUGAUCACAUGGUCCAAAUUCACCCAGCCCCGGGAAACUGGGAGGAGUAUCUCCACAGAUUCAUGAAGGGCGACGUGGGCUGGGGCUCCUGGUACGACCAGGUUAAAGGAUUCUGGGAACAGAAAGAUCAACACAAUAUCUUAUACCUUUUUUUUGAAGACAUUAAGCAGAACCCCAUCCAUGAGAUACGCAAAGUGAUGAGGUUCUUGGAUAAAGACCUCCCGGAAGAGGUUCUGGAGAAGAUAGUGCACCUGAGUUCCUUUGACCAGAUGAAGGACAACCCAAUGGCUAAUUUUUCGGCCUUCCCCUCGGAUGUAGUAGACCAGUCUCACUAUAAGUUCAUGCGCAAAGGUAAGGUAGGGGACUGGAAAUCACACUUUACUGUUCAACAGAACGAGAUGUUUGAGGAGAAAUACCAACAGCAGAUGCACGGCUCUGCCAUGAAGUUCAACUAUGAGAUAUAAGAUGGGGGGCCACAUCCGGAACACAAAGCUUCCCAGAAUACGUAGGGACCAAGAGCAUCUUCUUUGCAUUUCUAACCUGGCAUCGCACAAAUGGGGAUCAAUAGUCAGAAUGACAAGUUACCACAGUUCCCUAAGCCCCGCCCCCUGCUGAUCUGGCUGACUACUUUGAGACUCAAAUAAAAUGUAACAGUAGUCGCC